ACGUAGACGCCCUAGAUCCACGGCUGACAGCCCACAGGCCGCAACGAGCCCAAACCACACCUCACCCGGUGCGACCCCUCCAGAUCUCCAACUGGACCACCGCCCCUAUGGCCGCCACCAGCUCGCCGUCGACGGCGGCGGCGGCGAUGUGGGCCUUCGCCGCCGCUACUUGCGUCAAGCUUCUGCUCGUCCCCACCUACCGCUCCACCGAUUUCGACGUCCACCGGUACUGGCUCGCCCUCACCCACACCCUCCCCGCCCGGCAGUGGUACACCGACGCCUCCUCCCAGUGGACGCUCGACUACCCGCCCUUCUUCGCCUACUUCUCCCGCCUCCUCUCUCUCCCCGCGCCCUUCGUCGACGCCUCCCUCGUCGCCAUCCCUGUGCCUGCCUCGCCGCCCUCCUCAGCCUACAUCCUCUACCUCCGCUUCACAGUCGCCUUCUCGGACCUCCUCCUCCUCCUCGCAUCCGUCCUCCUCCUGGCGAGGGACGCUCGCCGGAGGCAGCGUCCGUUCCUCGCUCUCUUGCUUGUCCUGUGGUCACCGGCGCUGCUCAUCGUGGACCACAUUCACUUUCAGUACAACGGGUUCCUGAUGGGGCUGCUGUUGCUUUCUCUGCAUUUUCUAGAGCAGGGGAAGGAUCUUGCUGGGGGAGUAGUCUUUGCAGCGUUGCUUUGUUCGAAGCACCUCUUUCUCGUGGCUGCACCUGUCUAUUUCGUGUACUUGUUCCGGCAUUAUUGCUGUGGCCGGGGCCUAGCGAGGGGCCUUGGGAGGCUCGUUCUCAUGGGUGCUGGCGUGGUUGCUGUUUUUGCCAUGGCAUUCACACCCUUCGUGUACUACGGGCAGAUGCAACAGCUCUUAAGCCGAUUGUUUCCUUUUGGUCGGGGUCUAUUUCAUGCUUACUGGGCUCCAAACUUUUGGGUAUUCUAUAUAGUACUUGACAAGAUCCUUGCAUUUCUUCUUAGAAGACUAGGAUUCAGUAUUGAGAUACCUGAAGCAUCAUUUACUAGGGGGCUUGUUGGUGAUUCAUCUCCUUUUGCUGUUCUUCCAAAGGUCACCCCAAUAACUACCUUCUUAUUGGUUAUACUUGCUAUGACUCCUUGUCUUGUCAAAGCAUUCGCUAACCCCCAACCGAAACACAUAAUUAGAUGGGUGGCAUAUGCUUGUUCAUGUGGGUUUAUGUUUGGAUGGCAUGUACAUGAGAAGGCAUCACUUCAUUUCACCAUCCCACUUGCCCUAAUUGCCAUGGAUAGCUUGGACGACAUCAGACAUUACUUCUUAUUGUCAAUAGUUUCAUGCUACUCUAUGUUCCCAUUGCUGUUUGAGGACCAAGAAUACCCAAUAAAAGUGCUGCUGCUGUUGACCUACAGUGCUCUCAUGUGGGUAGGGUUUUCAACCCAUUUCGCUGCAAACCCUGCUCCGGGAGGGAAGAAAUUAGAUGCAUCAGACAGCAUAGUCGAGAAAAAAUUCACUGGAUGGAUCAGUUUGGGAUAUCUUCUAGGAAUGUUUGCUAUAGAAUUCUGGUCUCGACUAUUCCAUCACCAUGUAUUUGGGGAUAGACUUCCGUUCCUACCUCUCAUGAUGGUUUCAGUGUACUGUGGCGUCGGAAUGAUGUACUCAUGGAUAUGGCAGCUAUCUUGGAUUAUCAGGCACACUUGAUAUGAUCUUCAGUGAUCAGUACCAGCACUCUUUCUAACCCAUCAGCCGAGACAAAGUUUGAUGACUCGCCCCCUUGACUGAUGCAUUGGGCAAUCAUUGUUGCUGCUUCCAAGGACAUUUUCUUAUGGUUUAUACAUUCAAUUCUACAGCGUCAACGAAAUUUGGGGGAUGUAAUCUUGUUAUGAUGUAAUAUCUGUUACAGUGUAGCUGCAUGUAUAAGCCCAGUCUUCAUGGUUGGGAAUAUCUUUCCCUGACAAUUUUGACAACCUGAUGUGUUGAGUGUGUGAUGUAAAAAGGAAAAUUUCCAGUUUUUCAUUACAGAAAAAUUGAGUCAUAUGCUAU